AUGAUGAACAACUACGGAAGAAAACGAACUGUUUUGAUGUUCCCAUGGUUAGGCCAUGGCCACAUUUCUCCUUUUCUAGAACUAGCCAAAAAACUAAGCAACACAAACCUCUUCAACAUCUACCUUUGUUCGACCCCUGCUAACCUUAAAUCUGUCAAGAAAACCUUGAAGAACGAGUGUGAUUCCCCCUCGAUUCGUCUCAUCGAACUCCACCUUCCCACGUUACCGGAUCUCCCACCACACCUUCACACCACCAAUGGCCUCCCUCUCCAUCUUAUGCCUACCCUCAAGCAAGCUUUCGACAUGUCAAGCCCUCGCUUUUCAAGAAUCUUGAAAACCCUAAGUCCCGAUUUGCUCAUUUACGACAUGAUUCAAUCGUGGGCUCCUGUUUCGGCUGCUGCCCUUGGAAUCCCUUCGGUGGUUUUCGUCACCACAAGUGCCACCAUGGCUGCCACUAUGUUUCACCUUUACUUGAACUACUCUAAAGGCAUUGCUUUUCCAUUUAGGACCAUCUACUUUCGUACCUACGAAUACAAGCACGUGCAUGAGAUUCUUGAGAGCUCGGCGAAUAACCGGAAGGAUAAAGAUCGUGUUAUGGAAUGUGUUGGGAAUUCAUCAAGCAUUGUUCUUGUUAAGUCUUUUAAAGAGAUUGAAAGUAAGUAUGCUGAUUAUCUUUCUACGUUAACCGGUAAAAAGAUUGUACCAGUGGGUCCUCUUGUUGUGGACCCAUGUCAUGCAGACUCGAAACAAGACAGUGUGAUACAGUGGCUUGACACAAAAGACACUGGAUCCACUGUCUUUGUUUCUUUUGGGAGCGAGUAUUUUCUUUCUAGCGCGGAUUUGGAAGAAAUAGCAUACGGGUUGGAAAUGAGCAAUGUGAAUUUCAUUUGGGUUCUAAGGUUUCCAAAAUGUGAAACAAAAGUUCAACUUUCACAACAUUUGCCAUUAGGGUUUCUUGAAAGGGUAAAAGAUAGGGGUUUAUUGGUUGAAGGGUGGGCUCCACAAACAAAAAUAUUAGGGCACAAAAACAUAGGUGGUUUUGUGAGUCAUUGUGGUUGGAAUUCUGUUAUGGAAGCAAUGAAGUUUGGUGUUCCAAUAAUUGCAAUGCCAAUGCAACUUGACCAACCUGUCAAUGCUCGUUUGGCGGUUGAGGUUGGGGUCGGUGUGGAGGUGGUUAGAGACGGAAAUGGACGUCUCAUGCGUGAGAAGGUGGCCGCGGUUGUGCAACGUGUGGUGGUGAGUGAGUUAGGGGCAUGUGUUAGAGAAAAAGCCAAGAAAAUGAGUGUUGGUUUGAGAGAGAAAGGGGAGGAGGAGAUAGACGUGGUGGUGGACGAGUUGUUGAAACUGUGUCAGAAUAACAUGAGAGAAUGCGUCUACAUAAAUGUUAUAUUAUCAUAUAUAUCGUCUUGUGAAUUAUUCAUAACCAUCUAA